CCAGCUGUCUCAGUCGUAGCCAUGCUGCCAUGAGAGUGUAGUGAUGUUAGUACGUGAACGGAUUUCGUUUACAUAUAAUACAGUUGUAUUUCAUGUGAUAGAGAGAUAAAUAAUAAUUUUGUAUAAUUUUUAUUUUAUUUGUACACACAUAACAUUUUUUAUUAAAAUGAGAUACGCUCAAUUAGUGAUGGGACCGGCCGGUUCCGGCAAGUCUACUUACUGUUCAAUUAUGCAACAACAUGGCAUUGACUCAAGAAAAACAAUAGAUGUUGUGAAUUUAGAUCCUGCAGCAGAAUAUUUUGAUUACAAACCCUUGGUAGAUAUAAGAGAGUUAAUUCAGUUGGAAGAUGUCAUGGAAACUGAAUAUAAUUUUGGGCCCAACGGUGGGCUUAUAUAUUGCAUGGAAUAUUUGAUUGAUAAUGUAAGCUGGCUGAUAGAGGAAUUAGGUGAUGUAGAUGAUGAUUAUAUAAUAUUUGAUUGUCCAGGACAAAUUGAAUUGUAUACUCAUAUGACUGUAAUACGACAGCUGAUAACCAUACUGCAAAAUCUUAAUUUUCAUAUAUGUGGAGUAUUUUUGAUGGAUGUCCAAUUCAUGAUUGAUGCACCAAAGUUUUUAUCUGGUACUUUGGCUGCUCUUAGUGUAAUGAUAAAUCUAGAAAUUCCACAUGUUAAUGUUCUUAGUAAAAUGGACUUGCUAUCAAAGAGCGCACAGAAAAGAUUGGACAGCUAUAUAGAACCUGAUCCAGAUAGUUUAUUGACAGAUGCGGAAGAUGAUCCAUGGAAUGAUAGGUACCGUAGUCUUACAGAAAGUAUCGGUAGAAUCAUAACAGAUUACAGUUUAGUGCGUUUCUUACCAUUAAAUAUUAAGGAUGAAGAAAAUAUUGCGGAUAUUAAAUUAAUUAUUGAUAACACUAUACAAUAUGGUGACAAUACAGAAGUAAAACCAAAAGACUUUGAUGAACCUGAUAACGAAAUGAAUGAAUCUUAAAAAGUUAUCUUGUAAGAAAAACUUUCAUAUAAUUCUGUGUGCAUAAUUCUUUAUAUAUAUAUCUAGAACAUAGAUCGUAUAUUUAGUAGAUUAUUAAAAAGAAGAAAAAUAUGUGCUACAAUUCUUUGUUUGUGUAUAUUUAUAAUUUACUUUGUAUUGAUUUAUAAAAUUGUACAAUGGAAGAUA